AUGUCCUUCCAAGCAGAAACAGGUAUCUUAACGCAAGUAGACGGCUCAUCUCAAAUUCAAUCUCAAAAGACCAAAAUAUUCUGCUCUGUAACAGGUCCAAUAGAACCUAAAGCUCGUCAAGAGUUACCCACACAAUUAGCAUUAGAGAUAAUAGUCCGUCCGUCAUUAGGUGUCCCCAAUACAAGAGAAAAAUUAAUCGAAGAUAAAUUACGUGCUGUGUUCACUCCAUUAAUAACAAGAUAUUUAUAUCCUCGCCAAUUAUGUCAAAUCACUUUACAAAUAUUGAGUUCGGGGGAAUCAGAACAAGAAUUUACUCAAAGAGAAGUGGCUAAUUCUAUUAAUGCUACGCUUCUGGCUUUGAUUGAUGCUGGAAUCGCUUUGAAUUCAAUGUGUGCAGCGAUCUCGUUGGCUAUAUCUUCUGAUGAUAAGUUGAUUAUGGAUCCUAAUGAUGAACAAUUGAAAGCCGCAAAAUCUGUUCAUGUUUUGGCAUUAGAGUUAGUGGAAAGCUCUACCGUCGUUAAAAACGUCUUAUUAUUGGAUAGUUAUGGUGAUUUUAAUGAAAAACAAUUGUUCGACAUAUUGGAACAAGGUGAAAUCUCACUUUUGAAAUUAGGCAAAGAAAUAAGAAGUAUAGUUGAAUCAAAAAUUAUAAAUUCAAAUCUUAUAAUACAGAAAUAG